AUGGUUGAAUCCAACGCUCUAUGCAUUCUUGCAGAUCCACAACACUCAUUAGAUGUAAAUUUAUCUGAAUCAUUACAAGCAGGGGAAGUUACACACAGAAAAGCAGUAGGAAGUUUGUUAUAUCUAAGUCAGAUCACAAGGACUGACAUAACAUUUGCUGUAAAUUUUGUAAGUCACUAUUUAGAAAAACCUCUGAUAAUACAUUGGAAUGCGGUGAAACGUAUUUUAAAAUAUUUAAAAGGAACCUAUAACUAUGGUUUAUUUUUUUAUUCUAGGGUGAAACUUAAGUUACAUGGUUAUAGUGAUGCAGACUAUGCUGGUGAUACAACAACUAGGCGAUCAACAUCAGGAUACAUUUUCAUGAUGACUAAUGGAAUAAUAGCAUGGUGUUCACAAAGGCAAAAAUCGGUAGCACUCCCAACUACUGAGGUUGAAUACAUGGCACCGAGUCAAGCAGUCCAGGAAUUAACUUGGUUGACGCUACUAAUAAGUGAUCUUCUGGAAACACAGGGAGAGACACCUGUUCUGUAUACGGACAAUCAAAGUGCCAUAAAAUUGGUGAAGAAUCCAGAAUUCCAUAAACGAACUAAACAUAUAGAUGUUCAUUAUCAUUAUAUUCGUGAGAAGAUCAAUGAAGGGAUGUUUUCACUGGAGUAUGUGACCAGCAAAGAGCAGUUAGCUAACAUUUUGACCAAGCCAACACCACGAACAAGAUGUCAAGAACUCAGAGAAAUGUUAGGAAUUAUAGAUUUAUAA